UAUAUUUUGAACAAGGUGGAACAAGGCCUACUGAUAUUUUAUAUGCUAAAUUAAAUAUAAGUCCGUAGAACAAUGCGUAGUGUGUUGAACCUGGGUCCUCGCGGGGCACGGCAGUCUAGUUCUCAAGAGGAGGUCGUCGAGCCAGCUCCCUUCAAUGACACCAAUAUUGUUACCCUGUCCCUGGACCUGAUGGGCGAAAGCGCCGAAGAAUCUCUGUUAUUGGUCCUCUUCAACGACCAAGUUAUCUUAGAAACGAAGUGGGAGGAUGGCGUCUCACUUGAUCCAGAAGUGUUGCAGCUAGACCUCUCACAACCAGAAGAUUUAUGCUUAGCCACCGAUACGCCAGUGAUUCUGAUAUUACGGACAAUAGUUGCAUCAAAAACUCCGAAGAAGUACGAACCCAUGCUCCAUCCUGACAAUAAAGCGGGUGCUAAUAUUGAUAUUCUACCUAUUGUGUUGGGUCAGUCAGAAUUGACUAUAAACGUGCCGCUGGUAUUGAUCAAGACGGGAAAAGAUACGGGUCUGUCUCUCAAUGCUACAGUCAAAUCUGAACCUGCAAUACAACACGAUAAUGUGCUGGUGACAUUGACUAUGCUCAGUGCUCAUUGCAUGCCGACAGUCAAGGAAGGGACAGCAUAUCUGUGCGCUCUGGCACUAGAUGACCUGGUUGAUCCAGCUGCUGUCAAGUUUGGGAUGUCCCAGACUCCGUCGGAUGAAGAUCCUAUCAAUAAAUUGGUCUGGCCGAAUGCUAGUGCCCUCGGCCAUGCAGCAAAAACAGGUUACGACUUUCCCGAUGAUGAUAUAUUCAUGGAAAGUAAUUUGAAAUGUAGUGAAAACUGCAAUAAUGUUCAUUGGAAAUCUGUUAAACGCCUGUUGAUCGACAAAGAAGCACUACGCAACCGAUUGGAGACACACUUUGUCAUUGAAAUAGCAGCCAUACCCAGGACGGGGAAAAUGGAGCUACGUGGUCGUUAUACCGGAUUAGUAGAUGCAGCUGUCUUGCUUCAGCCAAACCAGUAUGGAGUAACUACGAGCACUAAACUAAUAUUUUACAUGGAAGAAAAUAAGCUGCCUAACGUUGGAAGUUUAUUGGAAGUCAGAACUCCUCAGAGCGGGAAAGCCAGUGCUCGCUCAAAGCACUCAAAGGCAGAAACAAGGGAAGGCUUUGUCUAUGAUGAACAGGGUCAUUCUGCGUUCAUAACGAUGCGGUUUGAUUUAUCAGAACCACUUGUUGAAAAUCCAAAUUUUAAUUCACUGUUUGAACCCUUGGACAUUGUAAUAGCUGACGAUGACGAAUCUAAAUUGAAAGAGGAAUUACAACUUGAACCUUCACCCGAUGAUCCGAGCAUAGAUGUGAGGAGGAUCCGUAAAGAAUGUGGAGCUUUAGCUGUACAUCGAGAGUUGAGCGAGCUGGCCAGCAGAGGACCUAUGACGAUGAACCAGAGCAUCAAACGUACGGCUGCCAACCGACUUUUAUCAAGAGUGAGAACUAUGGUGAAACAGUUCUCUCCUGAAGAAUGUGCCAGUAUAGAAUGGCAGGAGACCGUGACCGCCCACCAUGCGGCCAGUCGCCAGGCCGUCACCGCAUCAUUCAGACCACAACCUCCUCGCAUCAGACAAUCACUUAAUGGAGCUUCGGACGCUGCAAUGGCCGGAAAAAAGGAAAUAGCUCAAUAUUACAUCGAGAGGAAUGUAAAGCUAGCCCCUAAUCAACCGAGACCAUUAUUGGCUAAGGCUAUACAUUGUCUAGAGCUUAGACAUGAUACGGAGGCGAGAGAUCUUUUAAUGCAAGCUGUAAAAGCACAUCCUAAAAAUAGAUACCUGUUGUGGGCAUUUGCUGCCCAAGAGUUCAAUAAGGAUGAAGACGCAGCACAAAAAGCUACAGCAGCUUUAACUAUUGCAGUUAAGGGUGACUAUUCUGAUGGUCCUACAAUAUCAAUAGCUUGGGCAGCCUUGCACACAGUUCAUCAUUAUUUAAAAAAUGAACAUGCUGCAUUCGUCGCGGUGAGGGAAAUGAGAAAAGCCUUUGAGCUACCAAUAAACUGGAAGGGUUUCUUAAAAAAAUGGGAAGAAUCUAGUGGGAUUAAAGAGGUGAUUUAUAUGCCAUCUUCCUUGGAGGUAGAUGAUCCAUUUGUGUUAGCAGCAGCGUUUUUCUUAUCCCUUCGAGGAUACGCGCUAGCUGAGAGUCUGCUGCAGUGCUACGAGCAAGGUUGCAGCGUCCGUGGGUCGAGGUUGGGAUUAGAAUUGAACUUGGGGCCCAAUAUUUACUAUGUGCGAGCUGCCUCUCUACUGUUACGACGGCAUCACGAUGAGGCUUUAAACAUGGUGAAUAGUGGAACAUUGCGGUUUGGUCCUUGUGCUAUUCUGUCACAAAUCCGGUUGGCGUGUUUGUUUGCAAUGAAUGGUUGGGAUGAGGAGUGUGAAACAGCUUUGAUUGAGGCGGAGAAGGCGGGGGCGGAGUGCCCUGCGCUGCUGAUGCAGGCGGCGCUGGCGGGGAUGCGGUCGGAGCCGGCGGUGGCGCUGCAGCGGGCUGCGCGGGCGCACAAGAUGGCGUCGAACGCGUACACCGCGCUGACUGUCGCCCGCGUGUACAGCAAGCUGGGAGAGCGCGGCCUGGCGGAGCGCUGGGCCGCUGCGGCCGUGCAGCUCGAGCCGCUAUUGGCUGAUGGCUGGGCCUUCCUCGCCGGCCUGGCCCUCUACCGUCGAGACGCCGACAAAGCCCGCGCCAUGCUGCACACCGCCAAGCAGGCCGGGGAAAUAAGUCCAGAUUUGAAAGAGAAAAUAAAAACGAUGAUCUCGAUCGUGGACGCGAGAACUCUGUCUCAUAGUUUGGCGAAGGAGCUGUGUCUUUGUGAAGUGUGUGGUCAGGAGGAACAGUUUUAAUUGUGCAUAGUUGUGAUUUAAUUUUGUUAUAAUUUUUGAACUAGGAAGUAGUUAAGUACAAGUACUUCGUAAUUUCACAUAAAA